AGAGUGCCAUCUAUAUUGUGGUUUGUUUACCUCAAUUACCAAUUCGGAAGAAAAAAAUAUGCGUGGCUGUGUUGCAUUUGGUAAAAACCAAUAGAAAUCUAUCUGAUAAAAAUUUAAUAUCUCUAGAGAAAAUAUUUUGAAUCGAUUUAUUUUAACAUACUAAUUGUAUCGAUUGUAACAUCGAUGUAUCAAAUAGAAAAUAUUGAUUAACAAUUUCUAAUUCAUACAUAACAUGGAACUUAACCUAAAUUUGUGUAUAUAUUCGAAAUGUAAGAAUUAUAAACAUUUUAUUCUCUACUCUGGAAUAUAACAAUCGAAUAUUAUUAUAAUUACCACCAGUUUAAAGAACAGUUAAAUCAUUACAAUGGUCGAAAUGUUUGAUUGGGAGAACGAAGAUCCUCUUACAACAUUAAAUACACAAUUGAAUAAAUCCAUGGCUUUAUUUGAAAGCAAAGGAAAUGAUGAUCAGCUGCAAUUAAAUAAAAACAACAAAUCUAUUAAAAUAAAUACAAAAAGUAGUUCGCCCAGAAAAAGCACUUCUAUUAAUGGUGUACAUAGAAAAGGUAUUUUAAAGAAAUCAGAAGGUACAAAUAGUGAAGAAAAAAAUUUAGAAGAAUGGAGCGAAGAGACUCCCAACAGGAAUGUUGACAGAAAUGAAGCAGUUCCUAAAGCAAGUCUAAAUGCAUUAACAGUUACAUCAUCAUCGAGACCACAAAAUCUUGAAGAUUUGAUAAAAGAAGAAAAUUUAACUAUGGAAACUAAUUCUACUUUCAAUUUUGAUGAUAUAUCUGACAGUGAAGAUAUUUGGAUCUUGAAUAUACCUAAAACGGUAGAUACUAAAGAAUUGAUCGGACAGAACUUGGCAUUGGGAGAUAAAUCCAAACUUAGAGUAGGAGAAAAAAAAUACUGUGCUAUUAAACAAAGCAUGCAGCAUGACGUUACUUGUGUAUUUGGUACCAGUAAAACAAACUCGCCGUAUAAAGCAGUUAAUAUAAAACCAGCAGGCUCUAUAACAAUUAGAAGAAAAUUAUCAAUUAUACCAAAAGGUAAACCCAUAUUGUUAGAUAACGUAGGGGUUCCGUUCCCUGAAAAUUUGAGAACGCGACAUCCGUUGUUAGGUGUUGCUAUUGAGAAUAAACCCAAAAGAGAAUCAAAAAUGGUUGGAUCGAGUAAAAGGAAGAGAACAAUAAUAAAAUGAUUACCUAAACAUUUAUAUGCUUUAUAUUCAUAAAUUGUUUUCAACAAUUUAUUGCUAUGUAAUUUUGAUCUAAUUAUAAUUUGUAAGGAUACUGAUAUAACGAUUCUGUCAAACGAUCUUUUUUAAUAUGCUACAACACAUUCUUUCACGCAUGAAAGAGAAUUCAUUUUCGAUUGGAAUGCAGGGAUACUUGUUAAUGCGGUUGGUAGACAUGUGUUAACUCUAGUAACUAAAUGACUUUUUAGACAAAGCGGUAAAUAUAAAAAGUAACACAAGGAUAUAACGUAUCAUAUAUAAUAUUAUAAGAAAUAAUCGCGCAACAAAUGUAGAGAAUUAAAGGAAAUACAUAAUAAAAUAAGAUUGAUAUUA